AUGGCUUCUACCAUGGCCUCCACGUUCAGCACUCGCUCAUCGCACUCUUCGCGACCAUCGUUAUCUCUUGAUGUUGCCAACCUCCCCCCGCUCUCACAGCCAACACCGCCCUCAAACACACUCCUGAUCACCGAUCUCCACGACUUGCUCCUCUUCCAGCCUCCAUCACUGGAGGAAAUCCGCGCCCUGAUCACAUCAGUGGCACCUCUCAACUCCUUCUCCCCGCUCCCAUCCAUGCGCCGCAUCGUCUGCUCCUUCCACAACACCGAAGACGCCACCAAAAUCCGCAAGAUGCUCGACGGACACCGCCUACUCGAGCGCAACGUCCGCCCGCGCAUCUACUUCGGCGAACCAACUGCACUCCUAGACGGCGGCCGACCGAAGCUCCUCGAAGCCCCGCAAGUCGACAAGCUGUUCUUCAUCUCCCCGCCUCCCAGCCCGCCCCACGGCUGGGUCAUGCGCAACGAGGACCCGCCCAACAGGGAAGUCCACGCCACCGACCUGGCCCACGCCCUGUCUCAGCUGAAGACCGAUCAAAGCCAGCCCGCAGUCGCAGCCGCACCCGCGGAUCCUGCGACCCCUGUCUCUAUCACGUCCGACAAGCGCACACCCAGCUGGCCCAUGAUGGGCUCGCAGCAGCGCAGUCGCAGCAGCACCAUCAUCUACCACCCCGAAGACCACGGCGAUAGCCCUAAUCUGCCUGCGGUCAUGGUGGAAGAUAUGACGUUCACAGUUGAGGAUAUGGAUAUGGAAGAGGAUGAGAUGGACAUUGAUAUGAGUCCGAUUGAGAUGUCUCUGAAGAAGAUGCCUCCUAAGACUUCCCGUCCUCCGGUUGAGCUUAUGGAGUAG